UGAAUUGUUAUCUGGCCGUCCUCAUCAUUCAGGAAGCCACCUAGAACAAUAUCUGGGUAAUGUGAAAACUUUCCAUUUUUCAAAUGCAUAUUUGUUAUAGCACCAACACAUCUUUUCAUCUGGCCCACAACCAACGGUGGACAUAAAAAGUGCACAAAGGGGCAGUCGGGUGGGUGCAAUAAAAUUUCUACCACCACGACGAAGGAUCUGUUGUAUGCAGCUUAAUAAUAGAAGGGCAGUUCGGUGCAAAUAAUACAUUUGCAUUGUAUAUGCAAUGUGAUUUUCCAUUGGAUGCGGUCCAUGACCCUACGAAUAUACUAGUGUUUUCGGCUCAAACUAUAUAUUAGUACGAACAAAAAUUGUAUAUAUAUAUAUACACACUCUAAAUUCAACUCCCGUGUCUUGUACGUCUACCAUCCUAGUCUAGAAGAAAAAUGACCAAAUUAACUUAAACGUUGAAAACUUUUCUAUCUGUGGACAACACUUUGAGAAAGACGAAAUCCAAAAACUUGAGUGACUUAUUGAUACAAAAUAUAGUGACUAUCCAAUAUUCUUACAUUGAGUCAGAGUGUUUAUCGGAAACAAUAAAGUUAUGUACACAUUAUUCUUCUCAGACCUCACUUAUGAGAUUAUUCUGAUUAUGUUGUUGCUGAGAGACCAUUGAGAAAUUUCCAGGCACAAUAGAUUGGUUAAUCUUGUAUCCCAGUGUGUGUACGUUUCAAAAAAGUCAAUUCUUGUGUCUCUAAAACACAAUUUAAAUAGAGUUUCUUUGCCCAUCUUUUGUUCCUCAUCCUGAACCUGGAGUCAACACAACACAACAGAACAAUGAAUUCUCUUAUUCCUCUUUGUUUAAUUCUCUCAUUCAUUCUUCCUAUCUUUGCUUCUCCGACCGUAUUGUUCCAGGGGUUCAAUUGGGAAUCGAGUAAAAAGCAAGGUGGAUGGUACAAUUCUCUCAUUAAUUUAGUUCCUGACUUGGCUAAAGCUGGAGUUACUCAUGUUUGGUUACCACCUUCAUCUCACUCUGUGUCUCCUCAAGGUUAUAUGCCAGGAAGAUUGUAUGACUUGGAUGCGUCCAAGUUUGGGAAUCAGCAAGAACUGAAAACUCUUAUUAAGGCUUUACAUGACCACACGAUCAAAUCCGUUGCUGAUAUAGUGAUCAAUCAUAGAACCGCCGAUAAAAAAGAUAGCAGGGGCAUAUACUGCAUCUUUGAAGGAGGGACGCCUGAUGACCGUCUUGAUUGGGGCCCCCAUAUGAUUUGCAAGGACGACACGCAAUAUUCUGAUGGCACGGGGAAUCUAGACACCGGUUUGGACUUUGAACCUGCCCCUGAUAUCGAUCAUCUUAAUACCAGAGUGCAGAAAGAGUUAUCAGACUGGAUGAAUUGGCUGAAAUCUGAAGUUGGAUUUGAUGGUUGGCGUUUCGAUUUUGUUAGGGGAUAUGCACCUAGCAUCACCAAGAUUUAUAUGGGAAAAACAUCCCCGGAUUUUGCAGUUGGUGAGUUUUGGAACUCUCUUGCUUAUGGUCAGGACGGAAAACCGGAGUAUAACCAGGACAACCAUAGAAAUGAGCUAGUUAGUUGGGUUCAGAAUGGCGGUGGGGCUGUAACAGCCUUUGAUUUCACAACGAAGGGAAUUCUUCAAGCCGCGGUUCAAGGAGAGUUAUGGAGAUUGAAGGAUUCCAAUGGAAAACCUCCAGGAAUGAUAGGUGUUUUGCCUCAAAAUGCUGUGACUUUUAUCGAUAAUCACGAUACUGGAUCGACACAAAAGAUGUGGCCUUUCCCUUCAGACAAAGUUAUGCAAGGAUAUGCAUACAUCCUCACUCAUCCAGGAAUUCCAUCAGUGUUUUAUGACCAUUUCUUUGAUUGGGGACUGAAGGAUGGAAUUUCAGCACUAAUCUCUAUUAGGAAGAGGAAUGGGAUUUCUUCAACAAGUAAUGUGCAGAUCAUGGCUUCUGAUUCUGAUCUAUACAUAGCAAUGAUUGAUCAGAAAAUUAUUGUCAAAAUUGGACCAAAACUUGAUCUUGGAAAUCUUAUUCCACAUAAUUAUCAGGUGGCAACUUCUGGACAAGACUAUGCUGUAUGGGAGAAAAAGGCAUUAACAUAUUGGUGUUGCACUUAGAAACCUUCACCAUUAAUUUACAAAUACAAAAAGUAACCAUGGACAAAAUGGUCAUAUGAUUGAAAAUGUAAUUUAUAUUGCAGACACAUAAUGAAGGUAAAAAUAUUCAAGAUAUUAUUGGAACCUUUCUUGAAA